AUGGGCGGCGCCGUGUUCAAUGAGCGUGCGCAGAUUCUGGCGUCGGACAUUGGAGAGACGCCGGAGAAGCCGAUCCCGGGCCUGUGGGGUGCCGGUGAGAUUACCGGCGGUAUUCACGGCGAUAACAGGUUGGGCGGGUCAAGCUUGCUUGAGUGUGUUGUUUUUGGACGAAUUGCGGGUGAGGAAGCUGCUAAGACGGCGCUGGUUAAGGAGUAG